AUGUCCAACAACGCCACGACUCCCGCGGCAACAGGGAAUGCCCCAUCUCCCGCCGUUGCUCAGGCGCCACCUGCAGGUACGGCUGGGGACCAGAACAUCCUUGCAGCUGACGAUUUCUCGGAUGAUGAUGGUUCGUCAAUUAGCCACCAAAGUCUGACUUCCUCGACCACAAGUAUAACCAGUUCCAUUCUGGAUUACCGAAAGGAAAAUGGACGGACGUACCAUGCAUACAAAGAUGGGAAAUACACGCUCCCCAAUGACGACCAGGAGCACGACCGACUCGACCUGCAGCACAACAUGUUCAUCCGCUCAUUCCAUGACAAACUUGGAACUGCGCCACCGAAUGAACUGGGAGCCAAGGUCGGACGGGUCCUUGACGUGGGCACCGGAUCUGGAAUCUGGGCCAUCGACUUCGGCGACGAUCAUCCCGAAGCCGACGUAACUGGCGUCGAUCUGUCGCCGGUUCCGACUGAUUUCGUACCCCCCAACGUCAAGUUCGAGGUUGACGAUGUUGAGGAGUCGUGGACAUUCUCACAACCUUUUGACUAUAUCCACAGCCGUUUGAUGACCGGAAGUAUUUCCAAUUGGGAGAAAUACAUCAGGGAAUGCUACAAAAACCUGAGCCCUGGCGGCUAUUUGGAGCUGAACGAAGGCGACGCCGUUCCCCUUUCGGACGACGGAACACUCACUGAGGAUUCUUCUUUGAUGAAGGCUGUUCGAUUGUGGUGUGAAGCGUUGGCUGCCCUCGGAUCCCCUUUCGAGGAUGUCGGUCGCCUUGUAGGUGUCAUGAAAGAUGUCGGGUUCGAGGACGUCCACAUAAAUUGCUUCAAGUGGCCGACAAACCCCUGGGCCAAGGACCACAGACACAAGGAGCUGGGCAUCUGGAACUACGAAAAUCUCAGCCCCAACCUCGAGGGCUUUUUCAUGGCUCCCUUAACAAGAGGGUUGGACUGGACGAGGGAGGAGGUUCUCUUGCUUGCAAUGGAGGCCCGCAAGGACCUCGGGAACAGGAAUAUCCACGCCUAUUACAAGAUGUGGUCUAUCUAUGGAAGGAAGCCUCUGAAGGUCGAGGAGGAGGAGGAGGCGCCGCCCGCGGCGGCAGAGGCCCCGGUGGCGGUGGCCUCGGCCUAG